CUCAAGGCAAACACAAGCUGGUUAGCUAGGCUAGCAGAUCUCCAGGAUAAUCUUACAGCUGUGGCAUAGCGGAAAUUUUGCUCAAUUUGUUUACUUAAAUAAACAUAUAAAAGAUUUUACUGGAUUUCGAACUCAUCAUAUCGACUCUGGCUUUUAGUCUUCCUUGCGUACGUUGACUAAAUUAGAUAGAUCCUGCUUCUUUUCUUUUGGGAUCAGCUCAAGCUAACUUAGUUACGUUGCAAAACAGCCAUUAUGGCUGACUUUGGGUUUAACGAACACCAUCAGUCUGAAAUCAUCAACUACAUGCGAUUUGCUCGUUCAAAGAGGCUGUUAAGGCUCAAGACUAUUGACUCAUGUUUUGAGGAACUCAAAGACAGCAGGCUGGUGGAGGACACCUUCACAGUGGACGAGGUUAGGGAGAUGCUGGACGGGUUGCAAAUGGUGGUCCGGGGGGAGGUGGAGAUGGAGCUGAUCAACACUGCCCACACUAACGUGCUGCUUCUCAGGCAGAUUUUCUCUCAGGCUGAGAAGUUUUACCUUCGACUCCAGAGUGAUAUCUCUGAGCUGGAGAACAGGGAGCUGUUAGAGCAAGUGGCUGAAUUUGAGAAGACUGACUUUAAAAUAACAAAUAAGAUAAACCAGGAAACAAGUAAACCCAAGUUGGCACCACUGAAUGAGGGUGGGGUGUCUGAGCUUCUUAACAAGGAGAUAGCGAAACUACAAGAGGAGAAUGAUAAACUGAAAUCAAGACUGCGGACUUUAGAAACACAGGCCAUGAGUGCACUAGACGAGAAAACAAAAGCAGAGAGAGCUCUGAAGGAUCUCCAGAGGACACAAGGAGAGCAAAAGCUUUCUGCUCAUACAAAGGAAAUCAACAGCCUGGAGGACACAGUAGCAGCUCUGAAGGAGGACUAUGAAAGAUCGCUUAGUGCCAACGCUGCAUCACAAAAGGAUCUGAAGGAGAAUCUAAUCACUGCCAAGCACGAACUUCUGCGAGUGCAGGAGCAGCUGGCCUUGGCAGAGAAGGAGUUGGAGAAGAAGUUCCAGCAAACUGCAGCGUACCGCAACAUGAAGGAGAUUCUAACCAAGAAGAAUGAGCAGAUAAAAGAAAUUAGGAAACGAUUGCAGAAAUACGAGCCAGACGACUGAGGUUUUGUAUGUUUUCAUUAGAAAGACGGACCAAAAUUUUUCUGACUGAUUUGGGACAAGAAACUACCAGUUUCGGUGUUUUUUAUUUUUAUUUCUGCUUUAUCUGGCAUUCUCUGUCCCUGAUAGCUUUACUAAACAGCAGGUCAGCUGGGGAAACCCAUAGGUGAAUACGCAGAGGAUCUGAUGACGUGUGUUUUUCUUACGGUAGCUGGCAGAUUUCCCUCAGUGCUCUAUGCAAAAAGCAGCAUUUACCUGUUUGAAGGGGCCUUGUCCUUUUGCUCACCUGGACAGAACUAUACUGCCUGCCUGAAGCUUGUAGUCUCAGUGUGCCUUGCAAAACUAUUAAAAGCUCUUGAAAUGUUCACAUUUUAUCAACAUGUUUGGUUGGGGUUUUAUAUGCUAAAUCAACUCAGCAACAGUUAUCCCAGUCAAAUUUAGGUCUGUGCUUUGACUAUUCCACUUUAUUGUAUUCAAUUGUGGCUCCGGCAGUAUGUGUAGGGUCAUCCCUGACCCCAACAAACUCUCUCACACCCACAUCCUUCAGCCCUAUGUAUUUCUUCAAGUAUUACUCCAUGUAUUAUUUCCAUCCCUUUCAACAAAAAAAAUUAUUUUUAUCUUUAUCCCUGACUUGUCUGCUGUGUUCCUUGGUCUUCAUGAUGCUGUUUUUUCACCGACGUACUCUAAUUGACAUCGGAGGCCUUCUAAGAACAACUGGAUUUAUGAGAUAAGAAUACACACAAGUGGAUUUUAUUUACUACUCUGGUUUUACUAGAGUUUGCAGAGGGGUCUCAAAACAAAAGCAAGCCACACCUUUUAGAUUAUUUUUUGGAAACCAUUUCAGAACCACGUGUUUUCCUUUUAUAGCACAACUUGUGUCGUUUUAUCUCAAAAAAUCCCAGUAAAAUACACAACGCAUCAAAAUGUUGAAAAAGGAGUAUAAAUAGAUUUGCAAGGCACUGCAUAAGUCCCAAUGCAGGACAUUGUAAGUAAAUUCUCAUAUUUUGCUCAUCAGUCUUAACUUUAGCAGCACCUUAAAGUCCAAGGUCCAAUUUUAAAACAAAGUUACAAGUAAACUCCAAAUCACUUUCCAUUUUAGGACAUUCUUACUUAUCUAAACAUUUAAUAAUAUUAAUAUUUCACUCUAAAAUAUUUCCAAUAAUCUGUAAUUACAAUGUAUCUACUAUUACAUAUAGAUGUAGAGGGCCUAGAAUAUUUUUGGUGUUGAAUCCUUGCAUAUUUUUUGUAUUGCUGUACAUACAUGAUUUUCAUGAUAUAAAAUGCUCUUGUAGAGUGUGCAUUUAACUGGUUUGUGAAAUUUUAAUGGGUUAAUAAAAAGUGUGACCAAA